GAGGAGUGGAUGGCCAACGUCAGAAGGUGGUACGGGGACGGCGCCUUCUCCAAGGUGGCGGAUCGGGCGCUGCUGGACAGUGGCGAGGUGCCCAUCACGCUCGAGCGCGGGAGGAAGAGCGAGAUCCUAGACGCGUUGGGCGCCAUGCCGCUCCUCUCGGAGUUCUGCCAAGGCGUGCCCCUGCGCGUCCAGCAGACGGCGGAGCAGGUGACCUCGGAGCUGGCCUCGUCGCGGGCCCGGGCGCGCGACCUGCGGAGGGAGAGGAG